CUUAGCACCCGGCUGUCCAGGCCUGUCGGUGACCGGGGUGUCAUCUCUAAGCUCCGAAAUUCAUCAUACCAUAUGUCUUUACACAUCAGUCAUCGAAGAAAAACUUGAAAGUUUUUAUGGUUCUUACCAGGAUUGAACCUGCGUCCAUGUUCAUACUCGUGUUUCCAAGCGUACAUCUUACCCAUUCAAAAUAAUGAGAUGUCACAUCACACGCCAUAGUUUUCUUGCGAUAUAGUAGAUUGCAACAUGUGUUUUUGGAGGAUUUAGUGCUGAAAUGAUAUGGAAGAUUGGAAAUUUACUAAUUCAAAUGACAUUCCCAAUAAUAUGAAUAUAUUUACAUAUUACAGUUUAUAUACUGUAAUAUGUAUACUGUUCAUUGUAUGGAUCAUAUAUGCACUAUUUUUUCAUAGUAGAAUCACUGGCUAUAUCUUAACAAAAUUUAUCAAUCUCUUAUUAAUUUCAAAGAAGCAAAAUGUGAAAUUUGGGUCCUUAUCCAUUUCUUUUCUUUCUGGCAAAAUUAUGUUUAGAGAUGUGCACAUAAUAAAUAAAGAUUUUUCUGCAAGAAUAUGUGAUGGGUACAUUAAUUUCCGAUGGUGGAUACCUUUAAAUGACACAUUUAGUUUACAUAAUGGAUAUUCACUUCAUCGUAUAUACUGUGUUUGUAAUGGACUUGAAUUAUUUAUAUUUAAUAGAACAAACAUGUAUUCUAAACUAGCUACAUCCUAUGAAAAUAUGUACAUUAAUACCUCUAAGAAAAAUACUAUUAGACUAAAUGAUGCUAGUAUUAAGACAGAAAAUACAAACCCAAACAAAGAAUUAUGGCUUACAUUUUUCCCCAUUAUGAAGUUUCAAGUUUCAAAUGGAAAAAUUGUAUUUGGCAAUCAUAUGUUGCCAAAUCAAUUCGCUAUUUCGGUAGAGGAAACCAAAUUUUAUUAUAUAACUCGCCCGGCAUCUUAUACUUCAGAUCCUUAUUGCGAAAAGAUAAAAGGAAAAGCGGUAGGUUUGCAAAUACUGUUGAUAAAAAAUGAAAUAUAUACCGAUAACACUAACUUCCAGUAUGAAUGGCCACCUAUACACAUGAUUAACGAUCGCUUAAUAAUAGGAGCUUGCGAAAAACUAGAGUUCGAGCAUUAUCAAGAUAAACCCGGUUUUGAUGUUUCUUCUACAGAUGAUUAUCCCUCAUGGGGAGUCAAUGUCGAUUUCGUUAAAAAUUGCGACUUUCUUUACGGACCUUGGGUUGAUAAGAACAGAGAAUACCUGUACAAUUUCUUUUUUCCGACAUUUCACGAGGAUUAUAAUGAAAGAUUAUCAGCUAACAACGAACUCCAACCUAGGCUUCCUAAGUGUUUUAAGUGCAAGCUUCAAUUUUUGGAUUCUUAUAAUAACCUGGACAUCAUUUUCGGGAAAUAUAAAAAAAAUAAGUCCCUACUUCUCUCAUUCGAGAAGGGGUCCACAAUAGAUUUGUCGAUACCUUUCAGCAAAGAUGUUUAUGAUCACGUGAAUUCAUCACCUAACUCAGAACUAGAUUCAUUGAAUGAAUCACUGAACGAAUCACAUCUACGAUUUGAGUUGAUAAAGGCUGAUCUGAAGAACUUGGCAAUCAAUACGAAUUUGCCCUACAAACAAUUCAUGGAAUGUUUCGAUUUUGAAUUUGCGCUGAGAAUUAAUUACAAGAGACAUUUUAACGACAUUCAAAUUUGGGAUUUCGAAAUUGGAUUGAUCAAUUCUACACUUUUUGGAUUGUACCAACAUAAAUCUUUUAUAACGGCAUUAUUAAACGACUGGUCAAGAGGUCCUGAAAAAUUGGAUAUCCUCACCUUUUCCCCCUUCAUAUGGCAUUUCAAAAUCAAAAACGAAAAUUUUGGCCUCAUGAUCUUUACGGAUCGGUAUAAUUACGUGAAUUGUGACAUACACUUGUUAGGCAAUUGCCUUUUAAACCUGAGGGCUUCGCAAUUCGCCGCUUAUUUUGAUAUACGGGGACAUAAAUUCGCGCCUGUUUCUAAAAAAAUUCAAUUUUCUUGCGAGACCGAACAAACCAAACUAUUUAUGCACGUUCCAGACUACAUGACUGUCAAAACGCUAUUACUCUGUCUGCAAAAGGAAGCCAGAAUCAUAGAUUUAAACAAUAAUGUCGCAUCAAUCCCUCGAUUGGAUAAAAAUAUCGAAAAUUCGCGAAACGCAUUAAACCAAAGUGAAAGUGAUAGAUUUAAUCAUGAUCAAGUUAAAAUGUUUUGGAUCAAUUGUUGGGAGGUAACGAGAUUAAACUUCGAACUAAUAUAUACUUAUUAUGCCGAAUAUUCUUCCGAUUCCAAUAUAAACAAUCGUUAUACCGAUAAUGCAGCACAAGUCAAUAUUUCUUCUCCUAAGACGGUUAAAAAUAACGAGAAUCUCUACGAUACGAUGGAUGUUUCUGUAACACUUUGCCCCUCUACCAUAUAUUUAAAUGGAAUGUUUUUGAACCAAUUGCUUCAUUUUAAAGAAAAUUAUUUUGGCGAGUGCCAAAAGUUCAACCCGCUACCUAUGACUUGCCCUAACAUUUGCCACGAUGUGUCCAACGAAAUCUUUUCUCAUCUCGAUAUUAAUAUCGAUAUAGAUAUUGAAGCACCGCGCGUCUAUUUGAUUAAGGAUUGUUUGGAAAUCUUCAGAGAAUAUUGUCCUCAUCUUGAUUUGGAAAACAUUCGCUUUUUGAUGACGAAAUCUAUCGACGAAACUAAAUUUAAAUUAGCCGUGUCGCCGUUUACCUUGACAGUUCCCGAAUUCAGCGAUAUCACUGACACGACCAAUAAUAAUUCUAAAAAUCAAGGACCGAAUAAUACUAGCAGUGUUUUGUUCGCUAACGGAUUAUUGUUUAAAGGGAGAGCCCUCUUCUCCAGAAGAGAACUUUCCAUACUUCAAGAAUCGUUGGAAUAUGGCUGGAUCACUAAUUGCGAUAUUGAAUCCCUGAACGGAAACUUUUCACCCAAACAUUUUUACACUUUAGUCGAUGCCCUGAACUGCAUAGCUCUUACUUUUAAAUUAUCUUCCCAAUCCUGCUCACCGAUACCUCCCAAAAUUGUUGACGCAAAUCAAGGGGCGGAAGAUUCGGUGAAAACAACUUUGCAAAUUGAUAAGAUGCGUCUUAAGGAAUUGAGAAAUGAUCACGCGAAUAGCCAUAAAAUAGUGGUUUCCCCUUUCUACCCAAUCGAAACUUUUAGAUUUACUCGUUUUGGUUUCGAAUUUAAAGGUUGCGAUGCUAGAAUUUCAACCGCAGUUAAUAUGCCAAGUUCUGGCCAUAGAAUACUGGUUAUCAAGAUUCCGCCCAUAUCAUACGUUUCUAGCAAUUUAAUAGACCCCCUAGACCAAACUAUCGCGUCUCAACUAAGCAUACCCAGUUCAGCAUCCAUUUCUCUUUAUCAUGAAUACGCUCCUUUACUUAGUAUUGAAUGCGCUCAUAUAAUCAUCCCAGCGUUGCGUGUAAAUAUAAACGCGAAUCCAACAAGAAUUGAUGAUCACUUCAACAAAUCUAGCUCGAUGAAGCCACGCAACUUAUCUCUCAUUCAAAGACGCUUUUUGACUUUUCACGACAGAUCUACUCAUAGAUUACCAUUUCUAUAUGAUAGUAUGUUGUUCCAAUCUGAUAAUUUGCUAAACGAAAUAGAAGCUAACUUCGAUACCGUUGGUAAAGUUGCCUCCGGAAUAUCUAGACCUCAACGAAAUCUUGAUGCCAAAAAUUAUAUCGGGAUUGAAGAUAAGCUACAUUACCACUUUUCGCACUCCAACUCUAUCGAUCACAAUCUUACCUUGAAUAACAGCCCAAUAAACGAAGCAGACAAAAACAUCAAUUACAACAUGCCUACCAGUUACGAUAAGAUAAGCCUUGGCAGCGACCAAUUUUCUUCUGCCAAAUCUUCAAUCUCAUCUCUCGAAACGUCGCCCGGUUCUUUUGAUACUCAACAAGUGCAAACAAACCCAUCUCAAACUAAAAGCAGCGACGGGUGUCAAACGGAAUCGGUAAUUCUGACUGGUCAAAGGAAACGACCUCUGACCCAAUCUCCUCUAUUGAUGGCUGGUUACCUAGAUUUUUGUGAUAGAUAUGAGCUAGUAAAUGACGUUCAUUGUCCCGAGAAAAUUGACAAUAUUGGGAAGAUGGCAUCGAUAUCAGGGAAUAGUAGAGGGAUACAUACGCUACUCGUUACGGAAAAAAAGGGAGAAGGUGACGGUCAUUAUAUGACCACAGAAGGAGUUUUUAGAAGGAGUCGAAUUAAUAGUCGGUUAUAUAGUCCAAACGAAUUUGAUAUCGAGAUGAUAACUUUGACCCAAAAUUGUACCGUAAUAGUUAUCCGCUUUUCCGACUUUAUAGCGUUACAAGUUACGCCCCUAAGUCUGGAUAUUGUCCAAGAGAUGUUGGAUAUAUUUUCCUCUCCGCACUUUCAAUACAAUGCUACAGGUUUGUUGAGACGUUUACAGUUCAAUAUUUACGAUUCCAUGAUCUCUUCCUUUCAUACCUACACUCAAAUACCUACCAAUUAUGUGUAUCAAGUCGAGAUUCCCGGGUUUAAAAUUAACGCACUGCAAACCUGUCUAAUCAAAGAAAAAGUUUUGAUGUCACAAAUCGAUGAUAUAGAAAACUUGGCUACUUGUUGUACCUUAUUCAUUGUGCAAGCCCAAUCUUUGAACAUUAAUGUUUUGCGAUCAUUUGAGACCCGUUAUUCAACUUAUAACCAACAGUCUCGAUAUAGACUGUCCAAAAAUUACCUCCGAAUCACCAUAAAAAGUUUGGGAUUUCAAGCCAGGCGCUUCGAAAAAGAAGCCUGUGUUUCAUCUCCUUUCGACGAUUCCGCUAAUAAGGCUAUAAUUUCUGAGAAAAAUUCUAAGGUCGGGUUUACUUUGACUCCCAUCCCCAAAACGAAAGCUCUUAUAGUGCUAGAAUUCGGACUGGAGUUGAUAGAUGCUAAAUUUCGCAACGAUAGUUUUAUUGAUCUCCUUCCAACUUCCCUAAUCACAAUCAUAAGGGAUGACAUUAUGGAUAAAGAGGUCAAAAAUGAUAAAAGAAAGGACACACGCAAUGAUUUAUUCAAGGAGAAUAUCAAAGAUAAUAAUGAUGUUUGUAAUAACAAAAAUAUGAGCCGAAUGGAAGUAACUUGCGGUGACGUUUGGUUUGAUUUUCCAGUUUCAUUUAAUUUCGAUCAAAGUGAGGAAACUACACCCGCUAGAGACGAUUGGCAUAUUUUCACGAUCAUGUCAACAUCCCUGACUUCCUGGGUGAAUCCAGUUUGCAGACUUUCCAAGUUCUUGAAAAUUUACGAUGAAAAUUAUGACCUUUAUAGAAGCCGUUUACUGUAUCACUUAUUCUCGAAGUCACAAAACACCGAAUUCGAAGAAUUAUUUCCAGGCGCAUUUGAAUUUCCAUCCGUUUUUUCCGAACAAGCAUUAACCUUAAACUCUGCAUCUGUCACCUAUAUAUUCCAGCUGUGGUACUCUGACAUAUAUUCGCGUUCAGAAGAAGAUUAUUUUAAUAAAGAUUUACACGAAUGGCCAUUCAUAUCCACUAAAAAUACUUUCGCCUCCGAUUCUAACCUUUACAAGGCGAUACUUCCCGUAUCUUCUCUCCUAUGGUACGAACAAAAUUCUCAGGUACUUUUGAAACGUUCGCGAACGUUAUGCAGAAAUAAUUUAUUCUUAAAAGAAACUCAAAGGUUUCUCCUGAACCAUCUAAAUUAUGAUAUGAGCGCUCUUAAUCGAGAUGAUCUUAAUUCUGAACGAGGGCUUGAUGAAGCGAUUCGAAUGAAUAAAGAUAAUCACCAAACUCUUAGCGAUAAAUCUGACAAAGGCCACUUUAUUGUUAAAGAACCUAAGAACAACGAGAUCGAAGAGAGGACAAUUAAAAGUAAACGCACUGCGCCGGUUAUAACCAGCUCGAUCGUCAAAUCAAGGAGCAUUGGGACAGGAUCGUCGAUCAUAUUGCACAGCUACAAGUUUUGGUCGCGACUCAGAUUUUCUUUCCUUAAAACAAUGUACUGUUUAAGAUGCUUCGGCCAGCGUUCUAAUAAACCCAAAUACAAGCAUAGACCGACCCUUUCUACCGAUCAAAUAUUGCCAACGACUAAAAAACUCGAGUCAUUUAUAACUUAUGGAGAUGUGGACACUUGUAAUUCAUCAUGCGCGGAGGAAAAUGCAAAUAACAACGAUGACUUCGAAUUUGGCCUCUUUCCGUCGAUAACUUCUUAUUUAUUAUCAUUACAGAACUCUUCGAAAAUACAUCAAAACCAAUUGGCGGAUAUUAUCGCGCCCAUAUAUCAAGAAUUUUUGAUUCAAAAUUUGAUUUUUACUCAGAAUGAAAACCUUUUGGCGUUCCCUAAUAAUCUUCCCGACAAAGAGAGCAAUGAGGAGAAUCGCACCACUCCUAGAUUAUCUAAUGAUGGAGAGAAAGUCCCUGUCGAUAACUUCGAAAACUGCGCCACCCUUCCCAAUAUGGCACGCGCUUGUUAUUGCCUCAAGCCAUUGUUAUCUAUCGUUACCGAUAUCAACUACUUACCUCAAACAUUGUUAUUUUCGCACUCCGAGAUAACGGAUAAGUGUGUUUUGGAACUUGAUUUAAUCCUUUCUUCUCUUCGAAUCAACAUCAUAGAAUGUAUUCCGGGUCUAACCACGCCCUUGGUGCCUCCAGUCGCCUUCAAAACUAUACGAGUUAAGGCUAAAUUUAGGGAAACUUUUGUCAUACCUCGUAUCAUACCCUCUGAUUCAAAGCCUCCACCGAAAACGGGCGAUAAUUUAAUCGAUCUCACCUUUCCGCUCAUUCUUUAUGAUUACAGUUUUCAAAAGCGCUAUUUUGAAAGGAGUUCCACGCAAAUAAUCUCUGACGUAGCCUCAUUUUCGCAUCACGUUAAUACUUCUACGCUUAAACUCAUAUACCAAAUUAUUUGGGUUGCUAAAAAAUUUUACGGCUUCAAAGCCGAAAUUCCUCACGAUCCUCCUUCAUUUUUGGUGGGAAAAAAAUUUGGAAAAAUUGUGCGCAAUCCAUCUCUAACUAGUUCAUCCGAUUCCGAGAUUUAUGAAAGAAAAUCUAUAUCCUCAUAUGGAGAUAACCAUUCUCUUCGUUCUUCCAUAGCGUCUUCGCACUUUAAAACAGAGCCCGGUACGGCUCUGGACGAAGCGAUUAAGCUUUACCGAAUGGUUACUCUUAUAAGCUCGCCAAAUACUUUUCUAACGACACGAUCAUCAAAUAAACAGGAAACUUCUUCCUAUCCAAUACUAUCCUAUAUAUCCUUAUCAAAAAUGCUGGAACGAAAUUUGGGCAAAGAAAUGAUAAAAUAUAAGCCAUUACCGCAGACCGAGAAUACGGAUCAAGACACCAAUCCUCUCGUACACUUAAAUUGGCGUUCUUUAGAUUCUAUAUUCGAGUUCGUUGGUCACAUAUCCUACAUUCGUCUCUGGUUAGGCGUAGAAGGCUUAAACCUACAAUUGGAACUUUUGAAUUUUCUGAUUAAUUGCAAUUCAGCCUCCGAACUCGCUUGGAAGAAACCUCUCAAUUACCCCCUGAAAGGCAAAUCGUAUAAUUUUGUCAAAUCCCUAUUCGGUAAUUUGCCCCAAAUGAGUAUCACAUUAAUGGAGAGUUAUUCACAGCUAUCCAACGUCUUACUCAACUUAAACAUGUCCGAAACAUCUUUAUUUUGGAAUAUUUUAAACGACGAAAACGGGCAUCAUUCAAACGAUCUAAUUCCCCUAUUAACCAAAACCCUCAACUCGAUAUUGUUGCAAAUUGGGGCUAUAAAAUUCGAAAUUCCCCAACAUCCUAUAGUUCUUCACCAAAUCUUUACAAGGUUCACCAAAAAAUUUAGCGAAACGUUACAUCAAUUCGCCUACUAUUUCGGGAGAAACGCCCAAGUUACUAAUGGUCUAGAUAGCCCUUCCUUGCCCGAUCCAAUGAAUUUGUUGAAAUCGAUUUCUUAUAGAGAUAAUAACAGAAUUUCUAUCGUUGAGGAGAAAAGUUUGUUAAGCCAUGAUGAAGAUAGUUCUAUGUUUAUCGAGGACACUUAUUUAGUUAAUGAAGAUGAUGUAUCUUGGAACUAUAUUUAUCCCCCUUAUGGCGAUGACUAUAUUUUAAACAUAUCUUGGAGGAGGAUUGAUUUUGAAGCCGCUCUUCUCCCAUCCCUUAAAGCUCUAUAUAAUAUAAACGAUAUUCUUCUUUACGGCUGGAAAGAUGUAAGGAUGAAAGGAUGUUUAUCCUUUUCCGAUCAUUCCCUUAUUUUGCGCUCAUUGAUUUUAGAUCCUUUACUAAAAUUAUCCCCGGAAACUUUGAUAAAAUUACCUAAAGUUGCCAUGAAAGUUGAUUACGAAUGGCAUUUGAUUCCUUUAUUCAAAAGGUUACGGUACCCAACCAUCAAGGCUAAAUGCAUCAAGGCUUUUGUAAAGGCUGAUCUGGAGAUUGGUUAUUUUGAGCGCUCCCUUACGACCGAUCUGUUAAACAAUUUGGUCUUCAUUCAGAAAGUUUUUAUGAAGGAACUCAACGAGUUAUUGCAAAGACUCACUGGCAUAGAUCAACCUCAAAUACCUAAGUUUAAAGAUGGUAAACGUGAUUCAUUUUCCUCGAGCGAAGAAAUAGUCUCUCAAGCUAACGAUAUCCAUUCUUAUCUAUACGAAAUAAACCUAAAACUGCAAGGCUUACAAUUGACCGCAUCUACGCCGACAAAUAUCGCUUUACGCCUCGAAACUAGUGCUAUUGACUUCAAGCUAUUCAACCAGCUUAUGCCGUCGAAAUCAUCUUGCCUUCAAAAAUCGUUCUCAGGAGUUUCAAAAAAACGUUUUUCCGUCAGCACCGGACAUUCGGAAGCUGACAACGCAUCAACUUUAAUGGACGAGAUAAAGAUGGGUCGAAUUAAAUCAAAAGUGAGAAGAAGAAGUUCUAAGGCCUAUAAAAAACAGGGGAAGGGAGGUGGUAUAGAUGAAGAGUUCGAGUUGAAGACUUUGGCUAUACUCAAGUUUAAGAUAUCAGCAUCCCUGGGGCAAAUGAAUAAAAAUUUAUUGUACGAAGAAGCUGACGUUGACUAUACAACCUUGGCUCAUUUCAACACUUCUAUUUCCAUGAAAAAUACUCCUAGGCCUUCCUUAAAUAGUCGAUUUAGCAACGAUCCCUGUAAGCUAAAAAGCCACGAUGAUUACAACAACGACCCAAAGAAUAGUGAAAAUUUGAAUAGUAGCCAAAAACUAGAAGAAAAAUUAAAAGAGGAAGGUUCGUCAGAGAUUAUAAUGGUAGGUGUUCAAAGGCCCCACCUGAACGUUCAAGCCCUGGCGCUCGAUAAGGCGAUAUUAAUAUACAUCAAUUAUAAAACGGCUUACGAGUAUUGGAACGAGCAAAGAGCCGCGCUUAAAAGGGACGUUCAAUUGGCGACACAACAGGUAGUGGAAAAAUUAACUACCCCCCUUCCACAGCAAACCCCCAAGGCUUUGUCUCAGUUGUUCCUUCAACUCACUAUCGAAAACUUGGGAAUCAGUUUGCCUCUCCAAAGACCUCCUCAACAUCAUUUAGUUAACAACCCACUUCUCUUACCUAGACACCAUCUUGUGGAAACCACAUCUAAAGGUUCAGAAUAUGACGAGAAAAGAAAGCUGCAAGAAGAUUCUGAUCAAAGUGCCAGAUUUUCCAUUGAGGAUAACAAGGUUUACCUUGUUUUAACCAUCGAAAACUCACAAAUAUUUGCCUAUUCCAAAGAGCUGUUUGUCUGCAAAGGCAUAUUUUCUCACCUCAUUACUAGAUUCUCCUUCGAUUUUGAUCCUUCUUGGGACGACUGGAGCCCUAACAAUUACGAUUAUUACGCUAAUAUUUACAAUAAUUUUUUCCGUCAGGAUAUACCGACCGAGAAUUAUGAUAAUAAUAACACCAAGAUACGAAUCUUACCAAGGAGACCUAAGUCUCCUUCCAACCCUUUGGAUGCUGGUUCCCUGCCUAAUAAUGCUAUAGAUAGUUUGGUAUGCAAUUCUUGCUAUGUUAAAGAAGGAACUUACGAAGUCUGCUCCAACACUUUUUCGACUAAAACUAAGAACCCUAAAUGGGUGCUACACAUUAACUGGAAUAUGAAAGGUGUCGAUUUCUUGGCAAACACAUACAUUGGAAUAUGUUUGAAAAAUUUGAUUUAUACUCUAACUAUAUUGACCAAAGAAGAAUUAAAAGGUGAUGAGGUUCUAAAUGAGAGCCCCAACGAAAUUGUCGAUCAAGAAUAUAGCACUGCUACUACUCCUGUUGAUAAGCGUCGGGCUACAAUGAUUACCACAGACAAAAGCCAAAAUACGUUAUUAAGCAGCUCCGCGUACAAAUACUCCGGGAAAAGGCUCUCUUCAGCCCUCACAAGCGAUACAAAAAGGAUUAAAAGUGUUCACCACCCUGUUAAGUUUUCCGAUGAUAUUAAAGUGGAUCAUUUUCUUGAUGAUGAUGAUUAUGGGAAUGAGAAACAAAGAGAAGACAAAUACUUUUUCAAGCCAAAAUAUCAGGUAGGCUUGCCCACGUCUUUUUUGGAGGAGUAUCAUGGAUUGGCUAGAUCUUUGCAUUUUCUCAAGCAAUCCGGUGCCAGUCCAGAUCAGAUAAAAAAGGAAACGGAAAAACUACUUAACAUGGAAGCUCAAGUGGCCGUAGAUUAUAGGCAAGAUAUGUUCAAACGACUCCACAAACAAAGCAUUAAAGCCGUUCUUAUAAAACAACCAUUAUUGGGGGAAUACGAUUCUAAUAACAGGCCUCAAAGCUUAUUUUCUUCGAAAAACCACCAAAGGCAAAAUUCGUUGGCGAUCGGUAAACAGCAAAGCGAAGCUAAUAAAGGAGCUCUCAGUGUGAAGCAUCACGUUAAAAGCAGUUCCUUUGGGGGCGAAACCCAUAAAGAUAAUUUUGAUAAAAAUGUUGUCAACAUUUUUGACUCGAGGAAGCAAAGCGCACCCCUAUCCCCUGUCAAAGAUGGGAUUCAGUCUCACACAUAUCGCGAUAACAUUAUUGAUAAGAAAAACGAUGAAACAGCGCAAAUUGAUAAAGAUGACGAUGUUGUUAUGCGGAAGAAAAGGGGACUCGAUAAACAUAGAUUGAGACCUAAAAGAAUGAUAUCAACCAUCCACGCUUCACAUUCUCAACCGAUGGAAUUAUCGAAACUUGCUCACAUCGAUGAUUAUUCCAGUGCCACUGGUUCUUAUAACCCCACGGAAGCGGCGCAAGAAUCUAAAAUUGAUUUCGAUUUGGACGUGAACGUUAACAUCGACAGCGGAACAUUUAUUCUGUUUAACGAUACCAAGGAUCUGGAUAUCUUUAAGGACUUGUUCAACAAGGAAAAGUCUUUUAUGACUAGCAAACAGCCUUCCGAGAACUGUUUGAUUAAUCUUAUGACCGGUCAAACUUCGAAAAAGGGUAAACCGACUGUAGAAAUCAACGAAAACGUCAAUGCUGCGACUUCGAAUAAUCCAAACACUGGCAACAAUCUGAAUUGCCUCUCCUUUGUGUUGGAUAAAAUCAAAAGCGCUAUAACAGCCGGACAGAUAAAAUACUCAUCUUCUUUAUAUUUGCCAGGCUUAGAUGUGAAAGUUAAAUAUUCAUCGCAUAAUAUCACGGCUAACCCAACCGCCCAUCAACCUUACAUAAAGCGGAGCUCGAAACAUUAUUCUAGCGAGAACACUCAAAAAUCGCAAAUCAAUCAUGACCAAAAUCCUCAACUCAAUAAGGAACGAGAACUUCCUUUAUUCAACUCCCAAAAAGUGAAGCACGGAGAAUUCCAUCCCAAUGAAUUGAAUUACGGCGAUAAAAACGACCAAGUUCUAGAAAAUGAUUCCGGAAAUGCACUUAAAACUGCCGAUCUGUACAUAUGGAUUACGAUUAAAACUUUUACAAAAGAAAACAAGCUUGAUCCGCACAUAUUAGAUUUUAUAGAAGCCGUUUUAGAGCCUAUCCCUAUGGAUGUUGAUAAUAAAACCACAUUACAAAAUAACAAAAUGGACAUGAAAAAAUCUAAUAUCUCCAAUGCAAGUGAGGAGAAUAACAAUAAAACUGAGGAAAACAGCUACGGCCCAAGUAAUGUUAAAUCGGAAUCGGCUAAUACGACAUCUUCGAAUGUAGUGUACGUAGCCACGACUAAUUUUCCCGUUAAUGUUUUUGUCUACCUACGAGUCAAUCCUUCGUCUUUUCGUUUUAGUUGCUUACCAAUGUCAAGAGUUGAAUGCGUCAUAUAUUUACCUUCUUUGGACUUGAUAUUUACUUCUAAGGCUGCCGAUUCACUUAAUACCGAAAUCGAGUUUGACGAAUACGAAGAAGAAAGCGACAAUAUAACGGAUCGACCCAUAUAUCUCAUAAAACAAUAUUCACAUUCCGGUAACGGUGUGAGCAUAAUGCUCUACUUGUCCAAAUUUAGCCUCGAAAUUUUUCACCCUUUCGGGGGCAUAACGACUACCUCCGCCAUUAAUAAUCUCAAUUCGUCCUCCAUCCCUAGUAAUCUCAACAAACUAUCUGAAUAUCUCAAGGACAAGCAGCCAGAAGAGUCACCUUCUUUUUCAUCUAAAGCGGAUAAAAAUGAAGACCUCCCGGGAGUUCCAAUGCACUACGAAAAGUCCAAGAGCCGAAAAAAAUUCUUGAGCCUUGAAAUAGAUUAUGUCCAAGUCAAUAUCAUGAGAAAGCGUACCUUGAUCAGUUCGAAGAAAAAAUUUAAGAAUUUACCCAAAAAUUGUAGGGCUUCCCUCACCUUCGAUAGCGACAAUCAACAAUUUAUCAUAUAUUUAUCUGGUUUAUGCGACUUUGGUUCGGCUUCUUUCAAAUACGAUAUGAGGCGAUUAAACGAAAUAUUGGUUUUUCCUAAAGCUUGGUAUCGAAAGUCGAUUGCCAAAAGAAUCAUUUUAGGAGAGCACGUCUCGUCUACAUCCAGCACAACUAACAUUAAUCGAAAUGUAAGUGACAAAUCGAAGUUUUUGGAUAAACCGAAUCCGACCAAUGUUGGUAACGAUCUAUCUCCUGGCUCUUCUAAUAUAGAAUCAUCCAGUCUUUCUUCUUCUUGCGAGAAUUCCAAAUUAAAUAGUAAAAUAUUACAGAUGAAUAAAGUUUACAAGAAACGACAUAACUUACAAAAAAUCAGCAAAAACAAGAAAAAUGGGAAAGAUAGCAAAGCCAAUAACACAACAUCCGACGAUAUUCAGCCAAAGAAACGCCGGCAAAUAACCUGGGAAUCGUUGCUAGUUUUUUCGGUUAGAUUUGAAAAAGUUGACAUACAAAUGAAUAUGGGUAACGUGAUGGGGAAUGUUAAUUGGAAUUCUCAAGGUUGGGAAUUGCAUUCAAGAAUUUAUCUCAACUCUGACCACAAAAAGAACGUAUUAUUCUCCUUCGGACUCAAGCAAUCUGUUUUAGAUGCCAAAAGUGGCAUAGUUGGAGGGGAUAUGGAAAUGAAAAACUUCUUUCAAACCAUUAACAUCAUCACAAAUCCUUACCAAAUCCUGACCCAUGAUGCCAACGCGAUGUUAGUAGUGCUUCAAAUCAGGAUGGAUUACAUGGGGUCGACUAUUUUGAUAGCCAGGAUAUCUCACAUCAAUGCGUCCAUUAAGGACGAAUUGGAUAUAACUCAAAAAUAUCAUUACGAUCACCGCGACGGGCGAGACCAAAAAAAUGGAGAAACUGAUUCUAGCGAUAUUAUUGAGGGGAGAUGGGGCGAUCGAUUUUUCAACCAUGGCAAUAAUAAUGAACAAGAUAUUAUCUACAAUCGCAUAAGGUUACAUAACACCUUCAAAUGGGACCAUUUUCAACUUCUCAUAUGCCAGUCAACUCAAAUGGAUUUGAUAAAAAUGUCUACCAAGAUCAAGGAAUUCUUUCAGCAGCAGUUUCAAAGUAGCGUAGCAAUACUUCCCAAUCUCAAAAAAUCAUUGAAAGGAAGCGAUUAUCACAGGCGAAGAUCAUCGGAUAAAUAUGAUCAAACCGAUUUAAAAACCGGUUCGGCUAGAAUGGCGUUGAGUAAAGCCCACCAUGACCCGAUCAAAUCGGAUACUAGAGAAGAAAUAAAAAUAAAAAGGAGGGGCGGUGUCGGAAGUUUAACCGAUACCGACUUGGUAGGACCGUCUACCGAAGCCGUAACCUCGCAUUACGGUUACUGGGUAAAGAUCAGAAAUUUGAUUCAACGAGUAUCUUGUAGGCUUUUAGUACCAAUACCCGAUACCAAUAUAAACUCGUCCGACAAUUCCCUGCUAUUAGGAGGUUCUUUUCUUUUCCAGGGAAACCAUCUCUCCUUAGCCUGUUUUUACGGUAUCAACUUCAGGGCUAAAACUUGGGCUAUUUUCAGCAUGAGAGAAAUCAGCGUCAUAUUUUCGAGCUCCAAUCCGGGACCCAACUUUAUUAGACAACUUAAAAAUGUGAGUGCAACUUUAAAGCAAGAAGGUACUGUGGAUGAGGUUAGAUGUAGAGAAGCUAUGGCUAAAAAUGGCAUUGAAGCUAUCAUAGACUCGUUAAACAUCACUCAAAAUAUACUUUUCCAGCUAGGGCUCCCAUUAGAAACGAUAGCUCACGAAAAAGCUAAAAAGAUUUAUACCGAGAUGGCUAUCAUCAUGAAAAUAACGCGUAGCCAUUACAUUCCCCCUAAAUCAUCCACCAUACAAGAAUGGUGUAAUUACGCCUUUUAUAAGAGCUCAAUCGAUGAUAUCGAAAGUUUUCCAUUUAUAGAGGCCAGGAGACCUGUAAUCAUAAAAGACUUUCGCAAUAUGUCCGCCGAAACUAUAUUUUCUUUACCUCGAUUGCAAUUCAACGUCAAAUCGGAACACAAAAUAUGUCAUGAUAUAGGGAGCCAAGCCUCUCAAACUACGAUACAAAUGAAUAUUGAAUACGAUUUUUUAUCCGAAUUUGAAAACCAUAUAUUAGUUUCGGUAGAUGCUGAAGCUUUAGCAUUUCUCCAUGACCUUAUCAUCUCUUAUACCAAUAAAAAUUAUGGACUACAAAAUCUUUCUAGAAAGUCAUCCACUACCCAGAUCACAUCAAGUGAUAUUUCCGAUAUGGAAAGCUUUCAAGCCAAUGAUUUUAGGAAAUUUAUAUGUAGGACAUGGCGUUUAGAACCUACCCUGAGAAUAAUUUCUUGGAAAGGGCAACAUUUAGAAGCUUACGGUGUAGAUUAUAUAUUGCAUAAAUUAGGAUUUACACAUGCUAGAUUGACCAUACCUAAAUGGAUUCAAAGGGCUGCUAUGGAUCCUUUAGAUAAAUUUUUAUCUAUGGCUUUAUAUUAUAUCUUGACGAAUUCAGAUAAAUUUAUAAAAUUUUAAUUUCACUUAUUAAAAAAAUAAAUAGUAAUCUAUGUAUUUUAGAAUAGAUUUGCAUUAUAUAUUGUAUAGUAUGUAAUUAUAUU